UUUAAGACUUCGGUAGUUUCAUUGAAUAGUCAUGUCAUCCGAGACAAAAAUGCACUGAAAAAUAACAAUACGAAUACACCAAAACAAGAAACAGCCAGAAACACCAACAGCCAUCAACGAAGAAAAGAGAAUAUUAGAAUUAUGGUGGUUGUAUACCAUUCCAGUAGACAUAUACAGCUGUCUCCAUAAUCUAUCACAACUUCCAGGAAUCCUUUAGGAUGGCCGAAUCUCUACUUCAAACCAGUCUAUCAUCUUCUUCAAGUCUCAGUUCCACUGCUUCCUUUGACGCCAAUAGUUCAAGAAUGGUAUCUACCGAUCAUAUAUCCGAUCUACGUCUGUGGCCUAUAUUUAGUAUUUUAGAUCAGGACAUGUUGUCAUCUAUAGAUAAAGUCUGUGUGUUUGGAAGUUCUGGUAAUGAAGCUGUGUUUAUAACUAAAGAAGAUGAUGUUUAUGCCAUUGGAUCCAAUUGUAGUAGCUGUUUAGGACUAGGUGAUACACACAGUAGUUUUGAACCAAGGAAGAUUGAUGUGUUAUGUAGAAAGAAGAUUAUAGAUAUAGCGUUUGGUAGUGGACCACAUGUUUUAGCAGUUUCUGGAACUGGUGAAGUUUAUAGUUGGGGACAUAAUGGAUAUUGUCAGUUGGGUAAUGGUGGAUCAAAUCAAGGUCUCAUUCCAUCGUUAAUAAAUUCUGGUCUACAGGGGAAGAGAGUGGUACAAGUUGCUUGUGGUAGCCAUCAUUCUAUGGCGAGAACACAAGAUGGUGAUGUUUAUGCAUGGGGACAGAAUAAUUGUGGUCAGGUUGGUACAGGAACUACAUCCAAUCAAUCUACACCUAGAAAAAUAACCGCAGCAUUAAGUAGACCUUGUAUAGCUAUAUCAUGUGGACAGACGUCAUCUAUGGCACUUAUGGAAACCGGUGAAGUAUAUGGUUGGGGUUAUAAUGGUAAUGGACAAUUAGGACUAGGUAAUAAUGUCAAUCAACCAGCUCCGUGUAAAGUGGCGAUGUUAGCAGGUGUUAUUAUACAUCAGAUUGUAUGUGGUUACGCCCAUACAAUGGUUUUAUCAGACGAAGGUGUGAUGUACUCAUGGGGAGCUAACUCUUAUGGUCAACUGGGUACAGGAAAUAAAGCUAAUCUGGUAUCUCCAGCUAAAGUUAACUCCGGCAUAGAAAGAUUUACUGGUAUUGCUGCUAGCCAUUAUUCACACAUAUCUGCUGCUAUUAGUCAGACGGGUAAAGUUUACAUGUGGGGUCAAUGUCGAGGUCAAUCUAUAACGGCACCACUAGUAACAAGAUUUGUAUCAACUGAUGACGUAUUUGCUACAUUCUCAGCUCCACCUGUUAGUUGGAGAACUUAUUGUGUUGAACAUAUUAAAGGUUGUAAAUUAGCUCAGAGUGUUGCCAAAUCUUUUAAUGACCAGGUAACAAGUGAUAUAAAAUUUGUGAUAGAUAAUAAAGAAGUUUUUGUACAUAAAUGUAUUUUAAAAAUAAGAUGUGAACAUUUCCGUUCCAUGUUUCAAUCCUGCUGGGAUGAGGACGGAAAAGAAUCUAUACAAAUCACACAAUAUUCAUUUGUUGUAUAUAAAGCCUUUCUACAGUAUUUAUAUACAGAUACAGUUGAUCUACGACCUGAAGAUGCCAUAGGAUUAUUGGAUCUUGCCAAUGCUUAUUGUGAACCAGCUUUAAAGAAGAUGUGUGAAUUGAUAAUCAAACAAGGAAUAACCAUCGAAAAUGUUGCCAUGUUGUACGCUGCUGCCAUCAAAUUUGAGGCCAAGAGUCUGGAGGAAUUCUGUUUCCGUUUCGCCAUGAAUCACCUGACAGAAGUUACCCAAUCAGAAGCCUUUAACAAUCUAGAUGAAUAUGUAUUGAAGGAGUUGAUUCGUCGAGCUGCCCAAGCCGGUGCAUUUAAAUACUGAAAAUCUUGUCAAAAUUUUCAUUGGGUCACUUAGCAAUUUUAAGACAAUUUACUGAUAUUUUAUUUAUUUAAUCUUAUUUAUAUGUGCAAUAUAACCAAACCAAUUAUACAAAAAAAUAUAAGCUUGUAUACUUUAUACUCAAUAGAAAAGUUGUCAAACUGCAGCCAAUAUUUAAUGUAAGUAAUUAUGUCAACAUAUCCUUUCCAUAAGUAAACACGAACCUGAAUGUCACUAUUACCUGCAACAGGUAAAUUUUGACGUUAGUAAUUUUUGCCAUUCUCUGUGGGUAGUCGUAACUUUCCGUCAAUAGUAAUUUUUGCCAUUCUCUGUGGGUAGUCGUAACUUUCCGUCAAUAGUAAUUUUUGCCAUUCUCUGUGGGUAGUCAUAACUUUCCGUCAAUAAACAGUCUGUGAUGUCAUUUUAGUCCCUGUGCUCAUAUUCUAGUCUAUAUUUCCAUGACAUCACAGACUUUUUAUUGACGGAAAGUUACGACUACUCACGAAGAACAGCGGUAAUUAUUAAUGUUCAAAUUUACCUGUGGCAGGUAAUAUUGACAUUCGGGUUCAUGUUAUACUUAUGGAAAGGAUAUGUUGACAUAAUUACUUGCAUUAUUUAAACAAAUUUGAAACUUUUCUGGUGACCUUUAAUGUAUUAGUUUAAGUAGCAUCCAGCAAAUCACAAAAUCGUGAUUAUCGGCUGAUUAAUCUCUGCUACACUUGGACACAGUACCAAUGUUACUUCUCAUCUCUGACCGGCUCUAACUUUUUCCCAAAUUUUCGUGAGGUUGAAUGCUUUCUACCACAGUUGGAGAAACAUGUGGCAACCCCUUGCUCAAAAGCAUGGAAACCUUGAGAUACACAAACUGAAAGUAGCAUGCCAGUAAACAUACAACUGUCCACCCUACAUUUCAAACUAACCAAGCUCUUAUCUCUUAUCAUUCCGCCUUAAGAUCAUGAAUACUCAACAAAAUCUGGCAGAAAAUGUAUAUUCAACCCCUUUUCUUCGAUUCUACAAAAAAUGUCAAUAAAAAAAAUCACCAGGCAAAAGUUGGAAAAGGGAAACAAAGACUAAACACAUCUUUGGUGCUGAAAAGUGGGAAGUUUAACCCCAUUUCGUUUUUCUGCCAAUGUAACUCAAGAUAUAGAUGAACUAUACAUUUCCAAAUCUGUUAGAAUGGUGUUUAGUUGUUGAGAUGGAGAGAAAAACCAAGGUAUCCUUUAUACCAUUACCAAUACAUUAAUGCUCUCCUGACAGUUGGAGUGGGGUUGGAUGGCCAAAUGGUUAGCACGUGCACGCAGCAUCAAAAGAUCUGUCAUUGAGUCAACUGGCGUGGUUUCAAUUCUCCGGUUGUACCUGACUAGGAGUAUGGUCGUCUGUCCAAUCUCGUGGGUUUUUUCCAGGUUCUCCGGUUUCCUCCCACUGCUAAAGACAACUUCGCACAAGGGAAUUAUUAAAAUAAAAUUGAAACAUGUGUCAGUCCCUAAAUGACCUGGUUUGUGUUGAAUGGACGUUAAACCCCAUCUCUCUCUCUCUCUCUCUCUCUCUCUCCCCCCCCCUCCCCGGACAGUUGGAAAUUGAAACAUAAAUAGAAUCUAGCCCUGCUGUUGGGACAAAAUUUUCCUAAUAGCACACUGUUGGUGUUGAAAAGUGGGAAAUUUAGUUCCAUUUCAUUUUUCUGCCAACUCAAUAUAAAUGUUCUAUGCAUUUUCAAAUCUGAUAGAAUGAUAUUAAACAAACUGUUGUAAGUUUAGUACAAAUUUACUACAGUAAUUUCUAUUGAUUAUUUGUGUUUAACAAUUCAGAAUGGAAAUGAAAACAAUACCCUAUAAUUGAUGUUAAGUGUGGCAGUGAUUAGUGAAUAAUCAAUCGGACAAUGUUUGUUACCAUGGAUACAGGAAUAUACUGUUCGGUUGAUCAAUACUAAUUUUAUUUAAAGUGAUAUAUCCACAAUGAUUUUGAUGAUUUUAUCGGCCUUGCAUCAAGUGGAUGAUAGAUUCAACAUUGAAUUGGUUGUUCUGAAUAAAUCUGUUGGUUGUUGUUUAAUAUAGCAAUCUGAUUAAAACACAGAUCCUAUUUCGUUUCGUUUUUUAUAGUUCAAAUAUUUUUUUUACUUGUCUGCACAACACUUGGAUCUGAUGAGUUGUUAUAUAAGCCGCGUUCUCGUUAAUGUGCGGGAUUAGCCAAUGAAACGGUCUGUUGCGGCGAGUUCUAGGCGUACUGUGUAUGGAACUGUGGGUAAACCACUAGUAACAUCAACGUUGGUUGAUUAAUCCAUAGAAAUAUGGAUUAAUCAAUAUCUGACGUCAUAGGGUCAAAAGCAGCUUGUAUGAGAGAAUGCUAGAUCGGAGACAGUCCUGCACAUAUGACGUCAUAUUAUGUGGAUUUUGCAUUAGGGUAAGGGUUAGACUUUGUCCAAGGUUAGGGUUAGUGCCAGCCCUGUUUACACCUCGAGACGUUGACGAAAUCUGCAGGCCCUAACCCACAAUCCACAUAUGACGAUCUAGCGUUCUCCGCUCGCAUGACCACUGACGCAACCUAUCAUUACAACCGGUCAGAUCUUCAUUUAGUGUAGGCCAUCGAAAGUAUAAAAAAAAAAAAACGAAACGAAAUAUAGAUUUAAUCAGAUUGUUUCACACAGCUUAUUGUUAUCUUUUAUACCGGUAAUGAUUAGAUCUGAUACAAAGUUUUUUCAAUUAAUUAAUUAAUCUAGUUAUGUUUGUUUAGUUAAUUUUUAUGCCGAUUUGUAACACUACAUUGUAGUCUAAACAACUUUCGAUCAUCAUGGGGAUACUCGAUUGAACGUUCCAGAAUUAAAUUCUCAUAAUUCCUAAAAUGGUGUCAAUAGAGUGAAAAGGAAAAUUUCGGAAUACAAGGCAUGUGCCGACUGCAUAAAAAAAUAUCUCAACCAAUCAUGACAGCUGAAACAUAUUUGUUUCUUAAAAUAUGUCGCAAUUCUACUCACACCACCUCAGCUGUCGGGACUGGCAGAACUGUCACAGGGCUGAAUUCAGUAUCACUUGAUUGGCAAUUAUGUCAAUUCGGGACGUUCCGGACUGACAAUCGACCAUCCCCUACGAUGUUGUCCCAGGUCUCCCAAGGAGAGUAACAUUUAAGACAAUUAUAUUCCAAAUGUUUAUAUAACCCCUAAACCACCCAGAAUCUUUCCUGUAUCAGUUUCCCCCGUAAUUUACAACAAUACAAAGCCCUGCAAACUAAUACAGACAAUUUGAUUAGUCAAGAAGUUUCUGCUAUCUAAACGCCAACUUUUUAAGACAAUGUGUCUGUAUACCUCCCACUGCUUAAGAUUAUUGAAAUAAAAUUAAACCAUAUGUUAGUCCCGAAAUGACCUAGUUUGUGUCGAGUGGACGUUAAACUCUCUCUCUCUCUCUCUCUCUCUCUCUCUCUCUCUCUCUCUCUCUCUCUGUAUACUAGUGUAGACAUACUGAUAAGUCAAGAAGUUUCUGCAAUCUGAACGCCAACUUUAAAAACAAUAAUUAUGUAAGAUAUUAAGUUUCCCCAUUAUUCACAUCAACAAUACACAGCUCUGUGUUCCAAAAAUAAUGAUUUGAAAAGUCAAGAAGUUUGUGCGAUCUGAUUGCUUACUUUAAAAAGCAAAUAAUUAUGUUAGAUAUUAAGUUUCCCCAUAAUUAACAUUAACAAUUACACAGCUCUAUAGACAAUUGAUGUGUCAAGCAGUUUGUGCAAUAUGAACUCGGGCUUUAAAUACCAUGUCAGAUAUUACCAUAGUCCAACUUGAAAUAAAAAUUAAAAAAAACUUGAUUGAGAUAUUAAGUUCUGUGCGGUCAGAUUGCUUACUUUAAAAAGCAAAUAUGUUAGAUAUUAAGUUUCCACAUACAUGUAAUUCACAUUACCAAUACAUAGCUCUAGACAAUUUGAUUUUUCGAGCAGUUUGUGCAAUAUGAACUCGAACUUUAAAGACCACAUAAUUGAUAUUACCGUAGUCCAACUUGAAAUAAAAAUACGAAACAUGAUUGAAAGACACUUUAAAAAGUUAAUAAAUUCAUGUGAUCAGAACAUUCGUUAAUACAAAAUAACCUAACAAACACAUGAUGCUUAUCAAAUUAUUAUAAUAAAUGAUUAUUUUAUGACAUAUCUUAUUUUAAACCACCAUAUUUCAUGUAUUUGUUCUUUAUUUUUAUGCUUUUCAAUUUAUAUCAUUCCAGGCCGUGAGUUCACAAAGCAUUCUCAGACUAAAGUUAAGAAUUUACUCAAAAUUGUUCGCCUUAUUUCAACUAAAAUAGAGCCGUUUAUAAAAGUUUUGUUGUUUUAAUGUAUCAAAUACAUCAAUAAGAAACCAUGUGCAAAGUUUUGUGUAUCUGGAUCAAAGAUAUUUCUCAUAAACAGUGAUUGAAAGUUGAGCAAAUUCUUAACGUUAGUCUGGGAAUGCUUUGUGAACUCACGGCCAGAACAUUUUAGGUUAUUUGUUAUCAAUGUUUUUGCUUUCAUUAUACCGUGCUAUAAUAACCCUGUAAAUUAUAAAGUGCUUUUGUUUUUUUUGCUCAUUUGAAUCAUAGGAUCUCAUCUCAUAUUUAAACAAAACAAAAUUUAAAAUGAUUCACAAGUUGUUUUAAUUUCAGAAUAUUAAAAAUACCUUUCAAAAUUUUAGUCUUUUUUUUUAGGUACAUGUGGUAGACUUAAAGUUGCUGAUUCUGAUCCUACUAUUAUCAGACAAUGUCUAAUUUGUCACGGCCUAAUCCGCGGGAAAACACACUUAGAUUAUUUAAUCUUUAAGUGGCAUUUAGCGAUUGGGAAACACAUUAACAGAACACAGUUUUUGUGGGAAACAAUCACGCGUUUUAUUCUAAAAGCACGACGUUUCGACAAGUAUCAAGCACAAAGACGAUAAGAGGAUAACGAUAAGAGGAUACUUGUCGAAACGUCGUGCUUUUAGAAUAAAACGCGUGAUUGUUUCCCAUAAAAACUGUGUUCUGUUAAUAGAUUAUUAAACUUUUAAUUAAAGGGACCAUCCCGAUUUUAACAGAGUCUCAAAAAUAAAGUCUGUGUACGUAAGAAAUUUAAGUACCAAAAUAUAGAGGAAUGGUGUAUUUACCUUGACUAAAAAUUUCAGCUCAAAAUAUUGAAUCGUUUGGAUGUGAACUAAUAUGAGUACUUUUUAUCUUUGAUUAAACCGUGAAUAUUAGAUCAUUGUCCGAAAAAUGUAAAUGACGAUCAUCGAAUUUAAGGUGUUUUUGCCUCCCUCAAAAAAAAUUCUAAUGCCAUAGUUUAAAUUAACUGGUUGUGUUAAAAUGACUUAUUCCUAGAUAUGUAGCUUGUUUUGUGAGUAGGACUUGGAUCGAAAGCUGAACUCAUUUUGACUUGAAAUCGUGGUACAAACAUUGUUAACUCAUCCGCGAAUCUAGUUUCUUAGAUUUUAGUUUAUAAAUACAAUUUCAUUUUUUUUUAUAUGGUAAUGGAACCUAGAAAAAGUGAGAAAUAUCUGAAGUACUAUUUUAUCUGAAGUUUGAGUUUAGCAUUUAGGUAUUGUCAAUUGUGAUGCCUGGGUUGGUACUGUCUGGACAUCGUUAAAUAUGAUGCUGUGGGCUUAAUGAAGAAAUAGUCCAGUGAAUGUGUAUUUUUAUUCAAAAUUUCAAAGCUUUAAAUUUUGGAACCUCUCUGAAAAGCAAACAAGUACUUUUUGUUUUUUAAAUUUUUCUGCCAAGAAAUAAAAUGCAAAAAAAUUGGAGUGGCCUUACUGCCAGUAAAUUUCACCCGUUUUGCCUAAAAUGAGUUAUCACCAUCCCUGGUCGUGAUAUAAGAUACUGAAUGAAUGUGUGGAGCUGUAUUUAAUUUGAAUAUUACCACAAAUGUUAAUGUAUAUGUAUAUUAGAAUAAGAAUUAUAUUUAAGUCGAAGGUAGUCAGUGUUUAAGACUACUAACAGUGUCAGGCAGGGAAGGACAGAGGAUGCCAUGGUCCAGUUAUUGCUAAAUGAUAAGGCCAGCUCAAUUUUUUGUCAAUGGUCACAUGAUGUAAACAGGACUAACCCUAGACCUAGCCCCAAUGCUUACCCUAACCCUAACCUACGAUCUCGCUAACAAUCACGUGCCCUAACCUUGUUUACAUCUCAGCGACCUUGACGAAAAUUGAUCUGGCCUUAACAAAUAGAUUUAGCCCCAUGGUCCCGUGCAUCAUUUUAGGAGAGUAAAAAUUGAAAUUAUUGCUGUUAACUUGGUCUUCCUUUCUCAAAUUUCUCAGUACUAGGCAAUUUACUCUAAGGGCAUGCCAUUGAGGAGUUGGCCCGUGAGAUCUAAAUAUUAAGGCCAACUGCAGAUUUUGUCAAGGUCGCGAGAUGUAAAUAUGGUUACGGCACGUGAUUGUUGACAGGAUUGUGGAUUAGGGUUAGCACUAGUACUGUUUACACCCUGUAACCUUUGACGAAAUCUGCAGGUGGCCUUAAUAUUUAGACCUAACUUAUCCUAGGCUUCACCACUGAACACAGAAGUUAAUGUAUUAUAUAGUAUGUGUGCCUGUUGUUAUGUAUGUGAAGCUUGUUAUUAAAACAUUAAAUGUAGUUAACAGGUGCGAGUGGUGGAUUUAGUUGGGCAAGGGGGUGGGCAUACCGCUCCCCCAACCCAGAUUUUAACCAAAAUAAAGUUAUUUUAAGUUGC